AUGUCUAUGGACCUAUACUUCUGGUCCCUCGCGCCCAUUCUCAUGCUCACUCUAACUCUUUUGUUUGUGCUCGCUCUCUUGCACCCGUUCAUGCUUGCUCUCUCAUACCUGUUCUCUCGUGCUAACUCUCUCCCACUUGUUCUCUCAUUCCGUGCCUCAUCUCUCAUGCCCUCCUACUUCUCGAUGUCGCUCGCGCCUGCCACGUCACCUGCAUCUUUGCGCACUGUCCACCAGCCGGUCCUUAAAAAGGUUCGAGGCUUUGCUCUCAAUGCUGGCGACUUCGGUGCGUUUUGUUUGCCCUUGGACUCUACUUGCUUUGCGCUUAUAGAAACCUUCAUCAUCGCUCUGAGACCUACUCACUUCUCAUCGCUCCAUCUCGUCCACCGGCCAGGCCUUGAAAAGAUUCGAGGCUUUGCUGCCAAUGCUGGCGGCUUCGGUGCAUUUUAUUUGCCCCUUGGACUCUACAGUUCUUCAUUGGGGACCUUGUCUGCAAUACAAUUUGAUUAUUGA